CGAACCCAGGAAGGGCGUGACGGCUCUUUGACCACUCACGACUACGACAGCAUAUCCAACUCGAGACUGGUGACUCAUAAGCGUGACUCAAACUCUUUGAGCCGUACCUUGUGCGCGGCUACGGAUGCCAGGCAGACUGUGACUCGAAGCGCUCACGAUUCGCGACUCCACUCUUUUGACUUGAGGAUUUGCCGACAGGUCAGGCACGCACUCGAGCACGGAAGAGAAAGAGAAAGAGAAAGAGAAAGAGAAAGAGAAAGAGAAAGAGAAAGAGAAAGAGAAAGAGAAAGAGAAAGAGAAAGAGAAAGAGAAAGAGAAAGAUUCAGAUUUGACAAGGAGGGAACAGCAUCUGCCACGUAGCACACACUUGAGAGCAUAUCGACGCAAACGGACAAAAUGGCCAAGGGCAGUGGUGGCGAUAGAGGGAUCGCAUCAGCUCGAAGCUCCCAGUUGGACGAUGCAGAGACGUCAGGCGUCGAGGCUUCAGCAAGAUCCAUCAGGAGAGAAAGUGUGCGCAGCUCAAUCGAAAGUCAAAGAGGGAACGAUGAGGUGGAGCAGGGAGAAUUGGAAUCGGAAUCGGAGUCGGAAUUGGAAUCGGAAGAAGCUCAUCUGGUCCCCUUUCCCAGACAAAAGGAUCCCUCCAAACCUUUGCGACCCAAUGGCUACGCUUCUAGAAGAGCUUUGAGUGGAUUGCGAAGCUCUAUAGCUGGUAAGGAAGGAUUGCUACUCAUUGGCACAGCUCAAUUGUUGUACUCGACCAUGGCUUUGUUCUUCAAGCUGUUGCACGAUCUACCAGAGGGUAGAGAGAAUCCCAUCUCUGCGCUUGAGGUCAUCUUCAUUCGCAUGGGUAUCACAUACAUAGGCUGCGUUAGCUACAUGAUGCUCAGCUCCACUCCUCAUCCUUUCUUGGGUCCGCCAGAAGUCAGGUGGUUAUUGCUACUUCGAGGCGCGGUGGGAUUUGUAGGCUUGGGAUCUUUUUACUACUCCUUGCAAUAUCUCAGCUUGAGCGAUGCUACCGUCAUCACUUUUCUCAGUCCGUUCGCUACCAGUUGGUUAGCUUGGGCGGUGCUGGGAGAAUCUUUUUCCACGCGCCAAACGCUGGCAGGCAUGGCAUCGCUUGCUGGUGUGGUGCUCAUCGCCAGGCCUUCCUUCUUGUUCGGCAAAUUGGCAGACGAUGAGCUCGAAAUGCCAGUGGGUGACGAAGCGCUUCGAGCGCUUCAAAUUUUGCAUGCUAGCACCAGCAGCAGCUCUUCGACGCAAUCUGUCCUCGCAAGCUCCACAUCGACAUCGACUGCAAGCAUCGCGUCGGCUACCAUUGCAGUGCUGAGAAGUACCGGCGACCAGGCUAGACGAGCAGCAUUGGGCGCUCUGGUGGGAUUUUUGGAGGGUAGAGAUGAAAGGACAAGCCAUGCUGCCUCCUCUCUCACCCCUCGCGACGAGAUCACAGAGGAGCAAAGGCUGCUGGCAGUCUUCGUGGCUCUAGCAGGUGUGCUGGGAAGUUCAGGUGCAUACUGCACGAUACGAGCGAUCGGUCAUCGAGCAACAGCGACGCACAGCGUGGCCGCUUUCAGCGGUGCAGCAACCGUCGUGUCGGGCUUGUGGAUGUUUUGUUCCGGCGUUGUAUUUGUGGUGCCGCCCGGACUUGCAUGGUGUGCCAUGCUUCUAGCCAUUGGGAUCUUCGGACUGGGGGCGCAAGUGCUGGCCGCGAUGGGUCUUCAAAGGGAAAAAGCGGGAAGAGCAACUUCCAUGGUUUAUACGCAGGCUAUUUGGUCCACUGUUUAUCAGCUCCUCAUCCUCGGCACGCCCAUGCAACCACUCAGUCUGGCGGGCUGUGCCCUCAUCCUCGCUGCUGCAGCCUGGGUAGCCAUCGGUAAUUGAGAUUGACCGCCUUGGGAGGGAAAGCUCGACUACGUAUCAAAAGUGCAGGAUGCUAUCCACACUAUUGCAGGCUUUUUUGCUGGCCAGCCAUGUGUUCUGCCAUGCGAUAGCAUUGGACGCUUCGCAUCCAUUUCACAUGUUCUUUCAAACAACACUACACAUUUGCCGCUUGAGAAAUCGUGAUCUCGGCCAUCAAGCAAUAUCAGGCAACUCGUUUGGC